AUGGCCCGUAAUGGUAAUGUACCAAAUCGAACUGGGUCCUCUGCUAGUGUAAUGGUCAAACAGGAACAAAUAGUCUUCAGUGCCAAUACGGCACUUUACAAUAGUGUGGAUGAACCCUUGGCACUAGUACUGCAGAAAGGGUUGCAGAAUAAGUUCGCUCAGCAGAUGCAAAAUGUGUAUAGAGAGCUGUCCCUGCUGUUUACCACUGUAAACGAGCUGUUAAUGGUGAUAAUGAGAAUAUAUGAUACUCGAUGGCAGGCGACAGAGGCGUUGUGGCUCUUUCAACUCACUGGGAAAUUGGCGCCGUCUGAUAACUGGUCAAGCAGGAACAGGUACAAUAGUUCCCCAAGGUACGGUGGUGUACACAGAACCCGGAGAAGACUGUGCUUGUACUCUGUGUCCUUGGAUGGCCGCGUUACUCAGUGGCAUCUUCAUGCUUCCGAUCUUGUCUAUACCGACAUACUUAAUUUUACGACUGUUGACCAGCUCACCAAGCCUCCGCCCGCCUUCGAUAAAGUGCAUCUUGAAGGCACAGGAACGUGCAUUGCUUUCCGGCCUGACGAUGAAGGUGUAUUGCUCGUUGGAGUUGACACGGGCGUUGUAUUUCAGUGUUCAACUUCCUCCACAACGCAUGCUCUCAUACGCUAUCCUGCUCAUACUGCUGCCGUUCGAGAGAUUGCAUGGAAUGAACAUCACUACAGCGUAUUCAUAUCCUGCUCUGUGGACUGGACAGUGAAAGUGUGGCAUCAACACCACUUGUCACCCCUCGUCACUCUGGACUUGGGAGGUGCAGUGGCGGGCGUCACAUGGUCGCCAUACAGCAGCAGUGUGUUUGUGGCAAUCACGGACGAGGGGCGUGUGCACGUGUAUGAUCUGUUCCUACGUAAAUGUAAACCUCUGUGUGUUCAAACCCUCGUCCACCGACGGCGCGUAGCAGCAGCAUGCGUGGCUUUUAAUCCUUUCCAUCCCAUCAUACUAGUGGGCGGUGACAAAGGCACUCUGCUAUCCCUCAAACUGUCCCCCAACCUGAGGAAGGUGCACAAGGACGCGAAGGGCGCGGAUGACAGCAAGUUGAAGGAGAUCGAGCAGUGCAAAAUGGAGAGACUUAUUGCAACCAGCAAAGGAUAGCGUUGCUCCUCGUUACUGCUUACCACUUAAUAUCAGACAGCUUGUAAAUCUGCAUUGAUCAUAUCAAUCAUCAUUAACGAUAAUAGUGAUAGUAACAGCAAUAAUAAAAGUAUGAUAUUAUGAUGAUAGCAUUAGUGAUAAUGAAAUGGUCUGGAACAUAAUGAUGUUAACACAAAAAAUAUUGAUGAUGAUAUUGGUUAUGAUUAUGAUGAUGAUGCAAGAACAAAUUUGAUAGAAAAAUAAUGAUCAUGAUAAUGGUAUUGAUAACGUUUAUUCUGUA